AUGGCAUGCAGUGGGGCGCGAAGGACCAAAGAAAUGGUUAUGGCUGAGCGCCGAGGACCGAACUGGGAGGUUGGUAUUGGUUUGACGCUAGAUCGACGGGCGGUUGAAAGUCUCAGUCGCGGGUAUGAUUCCACGGAUGAGCCCGGCUCAAUUCUUCUCGCCGAGUCCUUCAACUUUUGGGCCAUGGCCCCUCAAUUUGGUAGUCAGUCCGGUCAAGACAUCCGCUGUCAUGCCGGUAUCAUGCCGUUUGGCAAUGACAGCAGGUUGCGCAACUACUCCACGCUCCAUGAGCUGUCGAGACUAGCUUUCCUUCGACCAACACAGAUUGAUGCGAUAAGCACUGCAAUGCCGUACCACACUUUUUUCUUCGCUGUAUUCCAAACCCUCGGGUUGGCUCUUCGUGUUCCACCACAUACAUACGUGAAGGUGUGGUCCAAGCAAGAAGAGACAUGGGCUUGGUCAAGCAGAUGGUUCCGGGAGGCUGGCUCAAGCUUUGCCAUCUGGCUAGUCCCAAACACGGACAAUACAGCCAAGGGUACUGCGACCUGUCUUCGAAUCUUACCGAUCCGGGAAACAAGUGACCUUGAAGGUACAUAA